AUGGCGGAAGGCAACUUACCCCAGCAGGAAUGUCAUCCCGUCACCAGCGCCAUCGAGAAGGACGAUCUCGUCAUUCCUAUCAUCGACUUCGGCCCCUUUCUGAAUGGCACCCCCGCGGAUAAACACGCGGUCGCCAUGUCCGUCAUCCACGCAUUCAAAACCUCCGGGUUCCUCUAUCUCAAAGACCACGGCGUCCCGCCUUCCGUGGUCUCCCGGGUGUUUGGCUCGUCAGCGCGGUUCUUUGCGCGACCCCAGGAUCAGAAGGAUAGUUUGGGUUGGACCACCCCACAGGCGAACCGUGGUUACGUGAAGACGGGGAAAGAGAAGCUCAGCAGACCCGAUCAGGUCGAGGAGGCCGAGUCACUACGCGCGGUGCCGGACAUCAAAGAGACCAUGGAGAUUGGACGCGAAAGCGUCGACGGGCUUCCCAAUCGCUGGCCGGAUCACUUGGAUGAUGAGGGGAAGGACUUUAAGGAAACCAUGCUUUCGUUCUUUGACAUGUGCAAGGCGCUGCAUAUGGAAGUCAUGCGGGCGAUUGCCAUCGGCAUGAACCUGCCCGAGCACUACUUUGACAGCUUUGUCGACCAGGGCGACAAUAACCUGCGUCUUCUGCACUAUCCCGCCGUCUCGAAAGACGUCUUCCGCAAGAACCCGUCGCAGGUCCGCGCUGGCGAGCAUAGUGACUACGGUUCCAUCACUCUUUUAUUCCAGGAUCGUCGAGGUGGCCUUCAGGUUCGCAGUCCAAAGGGCACGUUUGUGGAUGCGACGCCCAUUGCCGACACGGUCGUUGUGAAUGCGGGCGAUCUGCUGGCGCGAUGGUCCAACGACCUGAUCAAGAGUACACGCCAUCGGGUCGUCGAGCCGCCCAAGGUCAUCGGGGACGAGGACGACAUGGAUGUCUACCCGGAUCGAUAUAGUAUUGCCUACUUUUGCAAUCCCAACUUCGACAAGUUUAUCGAGGCGAUCCCCGGAACGUACGGUGAGGAUAUCAGCCAAGCAAAAUACCCGGGGAUCACCGCUGGUGACUAUCUCGUCCAGCGGCUCACUGCGACGAUCUGA